GAUUCUGCUUUGCGGACAUUUUCCACUCUGCGACUAUUUUUGUUUCUCUCCCUCUGUUUCUACUUUGCGGACGUUUUCUCUUAAUUGGAGGAAUAAAAUGUCCGCAAUCAAGCUGUAGCCAUCUCAAUAAAGCCUGAUAUAUAAAUAUAUAUGGUUGAACGUUAUUUCAUUCUCUCUUCGCAACAGUGAAAACCGGAACCCGUUAUCCUGUUUUUAUAAAUAAAAUAAAAACACUAUUCAAAAUAUACUCAUAAAAGAUCUUUUCACAAAUGGGUAAUAUAAAAUAGCGAUGUUUUGAUCACAAAAACGAUUAGACCUUAGAGUGAAGGAAACAGUAGUAGAGUCGCUUUGAAUGUUUACUCUGAUGACUGUUGAUUGUACGUAUUUUUUACUACAAGGAACAACGAAUCCUAGAUGUCUACGUACAGCAGGUGGGCGCAUCGAUCUCUUUGCAUAAGAAUGACGGGAUAGUUUGCCUGUUUUCAUUUAUCAAAUUUAGUUCAAGUAAAUAUAACUCAUCAAAUAAUAAAAAAUAUUAAAGACAGAAAUAAUUUUUAAUCUUUUUCAUGUUUUAGACAUAAAUAUAAAGGUACAUUGUCCACCGAUAUUAUUACUACGUUGACAGUAAUUACAUUUCAAAUGAAUAGAUAUUUGACAAUAUUUAUUCUAUUGUUUGGUUCUUUUGGCAAUGUUAUAAAUUUAUUGGUAUUUUACCAACCUAAGAGCAUCGUACAAAUCCUUGUGCUGUCUAUUUUUUUUCUAUGCUUCAGCUGCUGGCCUAAUUGCUCUUUGUUCUGGUUUACUUAGUCGAUUCUUUGCUGGUUUCUCACUUGAUAGAUCAGCAACAGAUGCUACAAUAUGUAAAUCACGAGCAUUUAUUGUUUGGGUAUCAGCAACGGCUUCAUCCUGGCGUAUAACAUAUGCUACUAUUGACCGAUAUUGUACAAGUUGUCGUGAAGUACGUCUUCGUAAUUUAAGCAAUCUUCGCUACACUCGUAGAGCCAUGAUUAUUACGGUUGUCAGUGCAUUGACGGUAUUUGCUGAAACUUUCUAUUGUCACGUACCAAAUCUUCGAAAUGCUCCAUUGGCAGGUUAUGCUCAAAAUAUGGUAUGUCGUUUUUACAACGAAACAGCUUCAGCGCUCAUAUACGUUUUUAUCCCGUCGACAAUUCUGUUUAUAUUUGGAUAUGCAACUAUACUAAAUGUGAGAAAAUUCACAUUAUUCAAUUGCACCGGCGGCGCGUACAAACGGAGCAUUAAUGACAAUGAAAAAGGCAGGUCGCCAAUUGAUUCAAAUGUUAAUUGCUCAAGUUAUCCUAUUGACUAUAUUCAACAUUCCUUUAGCUGUUCAAUGUCUCUAUUUAACAUCAACAUUGAAUAG